GUUGCGAUAUCUUAUUCUACAACUACAACCAUAAGACAUCGAAAAGGAUAACCAAGAGGUAUCAUAAACAUCCUACAUACAAGAAUCUCCCUUUGAACAACCACAAAAAUGAAUCCAGAGUAGUAAGUUUGAACCCCUCAAAUCAAACGUCAUCCUUUCAUCAACUUCAAAGAAACCGCCAUCUACAUCAUGUCUUUUGAGAUGCAAUACUGAUCAUUCUAUUUGCAGAGUACAAUAUCCCAUACUUGUCGUCACAAAGAUGUCGUUAUCGUCGCACAGGAUACAUUCCACUGGCCCACGUCAAUAUGUAUAUCCUGAACGGACUCCGACUGACGAACUCAAUAGAUACGAUUACCUCUUCAAGCUCCUCCUUAUCGGUGAUUCCGGUGUAGGAAAGUCCUGUCUGUUAUUGCGAUUCGCAGACGACACAUACACCGAGAGUUAUAUCUCCACUAUCGGUGUCGAUUUCGUAGGUGUUCAUGUUUCGGGGCCACAGAGUAUUGUUUGCUGAUGAGGAGGUAGAAAAUCCGCACGAUCGAGUUGGAUGGCAAGACCGUCAAACUACAAAUUGUAAGGCAGUCUGGAGAAUAGUAAUACAGAAACAUUAUGCUGAUGGUUUCAUUUGUAGUGGGACACCGCUGGACAAGAGCGUUUCCGUACAAUCACAUCAUCGUAUUACCGAGGCGCUCACGGUAUCUGCGUUGUUUACGAUGUCACCGAUAUGGACUCGUUCAACAACGUCAAGCAAUGGUUACAGGAAAUCGACAGAUACGCAACAGAGGGCGUAAACAAGUUGCUCGUAGGCAACAAGAGUGAUAUGUCGGACAAGAAGGUUGUGGAUUACACUGUCGCGAAGGUAAAUACUAUCAUGUGAACACAAGCACUUGAGACUCUGCAUCAGCCGUGCUUGAAUUUCAAAAAAUCGUGACUAACAUACAUCGUACUAGGAAUUUGCUGACAGUCUUGGUAUCCCAUUUCUCGAGACUUCAGCCAAGAAUGCCAGCAACGUCGAGCAGGCUUUCUUGACCAUGGCCCGCCAAAUCAAAGAACGUAUUGGCACAACCACAGCAAACAACAAGCCCGCAGUACAAGUUGGACAGGGACAAGGCGUACAGUCGGGGUCUGGAGGUGGAUGUUGUUAGAUGAUAUUGGUGGUCGAUCGGUCGCUUUUAUCUAGGUUUUUGAUGAGCCUAGAACGUCACGAACUCCUGCUUUCCCUUUUCUGAUUUAUCCGCAUUAGACUGAUGGUCCCUUGGAUCGGCCUCUGUAAUUCGUCUGUCUUUCGCUGCCUUCGCUAGCAAUGCAUCGCAGCAAAUCACAUAGCAAAUCUUUGCACCAAUGAAUUUAAGGAAGAGGGGAAAUAGAUAACAUUAAUGGCUGAUGGAUGGAGGGAAACGAAUCCAGUUGUGAAACAUUUGGCGUGAAAUGGGAGGAAUUCGGGGAAUGGAUCUUGUCAUUGUUUUUUACUUUUUCCUUUUUAUUGAUGCACGGUUUCCUUUUUGUGGUCUGAAGCUUUUUUCGAUGCUACUUUAUUUGAUGGUAUCGAAUUCUUUUUCUACGUUAUCUUUGUUAUUAUGACAGGCAAGGCAAUAUUCGAGACUUUUUUCCCGCGAGAUUAUGUACUUUGUACUGUAUUGUACUGUACUGCAUGAUAUGUUUU